AUGACCGUAGUUGAGAUCGGCCUCAUGGGCGUCAAGCCCGGCCACGACGUCUUGAACCCCAAGACCCACGAAGGCCAAGUCCUUGACUUAGCAUGGAGUACCGUGACCACUGCACCGGGCGGCCCGUACUGGGCAUAUGGAGGCAUCGAGCCUGACGACACUUUGCGACUCUGGUGCUUCUUCUGCUUCGACGAUGUGAAGCAUCAUAUGGACUUUGCCAAGACAGGUGGAGCCGAAGCGGUCAAAGACCUACCCAAAAUCUUGUCUCACCCGAUCUUCGGCUGCCAUGUGGAGCUCGAUGGCGAGGCCAGGGACGUGCUGAACACGCCUGUGGUGCAGGUCACGUUGUUGUACUUCUCACCCGACAUAACCGCUGCGGAGAAAGAAGGUAUCAGCAAGACGUUCACGACCGGGAUCGGAGGGGAUCUCGAUUCCAACACUGACAUGCGAGCGGUGCGAUCGGGCUGGAGUGUCGAGAAGGAUUGGCCGAUGUUGGAGGGCCGCGAGAAGGGCGAGGGAACGGGCACUGUGUUUAGCAUCCUCGUGGGAUGGUCUGGUGUUGAGGCGCAGAAGAAGUCUGGAGUCAUUCAGGAUUUGGUCGGGAAGCUUAAAACGGUACGUCUGACAGCGCACAAUAUACGUACACGUAGUAUAAAGGCAUGCAACAUGUGUCUGGUGAUGCGUCAGAAAGAGGCUCGCCUAGCAUAUGGCAACCGCUUCACUCCAUGUCAAUACAUCACGCUCUUUUAUUAUAAGUCAAGCAUGACGGCCUGCUUGAGACCCUUACCUCCAAGAGGGGAAGACGAUAAGAGGGUUGAAAUGAGCGAGCUUGCUGAAGUUGACGAGCUGUACAACCAAAAGACUGCGCAAGAGAAGCGUGAUGCACGUGCAAAAGAGAGGAGAGAACGCGACCGGCUACAGGCUGAGCAGGUCAAGGAAGUUGCCGAGCGCAAAGCAGAGGAAGAACGUCAAAGGCUGGCUCGCGACUAUUAA